GUUACUUACGUGACGCGACGCUGACAGGUUGUGUGUGCUCUGCGCGCAUCUUAAAUCGUUCGCCUUCUCCCAAAUUGCUUUUGACGUGUUUUUUUCUGUUUCAUUUUUUUGUUGUUGUUAUUAUUGUACUGUGUGUGUGAUCGCAGCCCGGGAACUGUGCGAAAUUGUUAUCAAUGAGCUGCAGCCACAGAUGUUAAUGAUCAUCUGGCUAGUGAGGAUUGCGCCUACCUGUUAAUGUGCGCGUUAAUUGGCAGCAAAUGCAGUUCGCCAAAUAAAAAGAAAACAAAACAAAAUAACCGAAAUCAACGCAGAUCAGAAGAAGCAGAAGCAUAAGUGCGUGCGAAGUGGUUGAGCCGUUUGCAUUGUUGCUAGUGCAAAAGAGAGCAGAGCGGAAAGUCUCUCUUCAGAAUUGAGAGCAAUGACAAUUGAGUGAAUCGAGUCAAGGAAGGAAACGGCUAGCAUCGCCUUGAUUUUGGAAUCCUGCACGGAUUGAUACAGCCAAAGAUGCGCUCUUAGCAGGUGCGAGCAGGCGAGCGCUGAACUGUGCGAAAGAGACAGCAAAUCGUUCACUGAGCGAACUUUCGUGGAGGACAAAGGGCCGCAAAUCAAAAGGCAAACGCAAAGCACAGAGCACAGAGCAGAGAGCAAAGCCAAGCUGAAAUCAGAUUCUCCCAAUCUCUCCCUUUCACCCACCCUCCCUUCCUCUCUCUCUCUCCUUGUGGAGCAGAGAUGUGUCGACGGAUCACCUCUGUGCCGCGGCUGCUGGCGGUGCUCAGCUACCUCAUAGCCAGUUGUAGCUGCAGCAACAGCAACAGCAACUCGAGCAACAUGCUCGGCGUCUACAUCGAACGGGCACCCGAGUCGGCGAUCGCGCCCAAGGGGGACGAGGUGGUGUUUGAGUGUGAGCUGAACCUGCAGCCGGAUCGCUUGGAGUGGCGCUUCCGGCCGAGCAGCAGCGAGCCGUACCGCUACCUGCGACCGGCUGCCGGCUACAAUGUGACCAGCAGCAACGAGGAGCGCACCUGGAAGCUGCGCAUCUAUGUGAACGCCCAGACGCUGGGCGACUACCAGUGCGUCGCCUGGUAUGGGCCCGGUGCGAUCGCCUCGACGCCCGCCCGCCUCACGCUCGUCUCCAUCUCCAUCGACAAUCCGAGCGUGGGCCGGCAUGCGGUGCGCUGGAGCGUGGCGCCCAAGAACUGUGUGCUGCUGCGCUGCGGCUCGGUCAGCUCCAGUCCGCCGGCCAUUUGGAGCUUCUACCGGAACGGCGAGAAGCUGCCGCAGACGGAGCUGCUGCCAGGCGCCGCCGGCGCGCUGGUCCUCAACUCGGUCAGUGCCAAGGAUGCGGGCAACUACACCUGCGCGGCGACGAAUGCCAUCACCGGCGUGGAGCUGCGGCUGCCGCAGGUGAUCGACUUGCGCGUCGACUAUACGGAUCGCACUCCGCCGUACUUCCUGCUCCAGCAGCCGGCCACGCAGGUGGCCGCUCGGCCCGGCGAAACAGUUGUCCUGGAAUGCCCGGGUGUCGGAUCGCCGCGGCCCGGCGCCGUCUGGAGCAGUCCGAAUGUGCCCAACAUCUACCACAACCGGAGUCGUGUGCUCGCCUACGGACUGCAGAUCACGGACAUCCGGCCUGAGGACCAGGGCUCCUAUGUCUGUCGCCUGGACAACGGCAUUGCGCCCGUGCUCGUGCACAUGAUCAAGCUCAGCGUGCUCGAGCGACCGCGCAUCCUGCGCGGCCCCGAUCCGACUCUGACCAAUGAGGGCGAUUCCCUGGCGCUCGAGUGCGCGGCCACCGGGCAUCCCGAGCCGGACAUCUAUUGGCUGAUCAACGGCGAGGAUGCCAGCAACGACAACGAAACCCUCAUCGAGCACGGACGCCUGCUCAUCCAUCAUGUCCAGAAGCGCCAUGCCGGCGUCGUCCAGUGCUUUGCACGCAAUCAACUAGGCGAGACGAGCGAGGCCAACAUAUUGCGUGUGAACCCGAUGCAGAUCAGCGGCGAUGACUAUCAGCCUCUGGGCGAGGUGCCCAUGCGAUCGGCCCACGAUCUGGUUAACGGUGGCUACUCAUCCGGCUCCUCGGCCUCGUCGUCGUCCUCGGGCGGCGGUGGCUCACGCAACAAGAAGCGCAAAUACAUGAGAGUUGCGAAUAUGGUGCCGCCAUCGCGACCCAAUGUCACCCGACUGGCCGACGAUGCCGUCAUGCUGCGCUGGAACGUGCCCAAGAACGAUGGUCUGCCCAUACAGUUUUUCAAAGUCCAAUAUCGAAUGCUCGGCGACAACGCCCGCAAGAUUCCUCGCGAAAAUUGGCACACAACCAACGAGAACAUACCCUAUGGCAGGCAGCAGCAGCGUGAGCGGGAGAGGGAUCGAGAUCGGGAUCGGGAUCAUCAGCGGGACCAUCAUGAGCCGGCCCUUAAGAACUUCACAUCGUCAGUGACGGGCCUGCGUCCGGAUCGGAAUUAUCGCUUCCGCAUCAUCGCCGUCUACUCAAACAACGACAACAAGGAGGGCAACACCUCAGCCAAGUUCUUCCUGCGGCGCGGCGCGGCCAAGUCGAAUCUACCCGUGCCCGAGCUGCGCGAGAUUGAAUCCUACUCGGAAUCGGCUGUCGUGCUCCACUGGACGCUCGCAUCGACAUCAGCUGCCCAGCUGCACAAUAUCGAUGGCUACUACGCCUACUACCGUCCGGCAUCCUCUGCCUCCGACUACCUAAAGGCGACUGUCGACGGCGGCCAUGCGAGGCGCUUCAAGAUCGACCAACUGGAGCCGGGCACCGCCUAUGAGUUCAAACUGCAGUCGUUCAAUGCACACGCCGCCUCCGAGUUCAGCGAGAUCAAGCAAGGCCGCACGACAAAGUCUGCGAGCCAAGCGCCGCCCGCUGUUGCGCCUGCUCCGAAUGGCAAGUCGUCGGAGCAGCAUGAGAACUCCAUCUACCCGGUAAUAGCUGGCGCCGCUGGUGGCGGCCUUCUCCUGCUCAUAGCCAUUGCCGUGGCCUGUCUCUGCCUGCGUCGUCGCAACAAUCCUCAGCCCGAGGAUGAGAACAAGCCGCAAUUGGAUCACAUUCAGGCGGACUUUGUUACAUCUGCCGUACUGGGCGUGGCACCGCAUCACAAUCACAAUCAUGGCCAUGGCCACAAGCCGGGCGACCUGCGGCGCCUGAAUGGCGUCAUUCCGCGCAUGAACAUCACGCCGAAUCCCCUCGCCCAGGAUCCCACGGCCGACAAGAAUCGCAAUGUUAUGGAGUUACGCUUCCUGCCGCCCGCCAAUGGCAUCCCCGCCGGCGCUGCACCGGAGCAGCCAGCGCGGCACGUCGAGCCGGUUGCUGGCGCGGAUACAUAUGCGGAUGCGGAUGCGGAUGUUGAUGCCGAAACGGAAGCAAAUGCGGACGCCGAUGCGGAUGCAGAUGCAGAUGCGGAUAAUGCAGUCAGUGACAAGGCUCAAACGUGCGCCUCAUCCUCCUGCGAGACUCUGGAGGCAUGUGACGGUCUCAGCCAGUCCCAAUCCCAAUCCCAGUCGCAGUCGCAGUCGCAAUCGACGCCAGUGGCCACGGAGGCGCCCAGCAAGCCGCUGCCGCCGCUGCCCAAAAAAUCAGUCGCCGCCAAAGCGCAACAACAACAACAACAACAACAAAACGGCAAUGCAAUGGUUGUGGCUGCCGCCGCCGCUCUGCACCAGCCUGGCCUGCAUCAUGCGCAGCCCUAUCAUGCGCCCGGCACGCCCACCUUCGCACACAAGCGCCACGACUUUCAGCAGCUGCAGGCGCCGCCGCCUGUGCCACCGCAUGCCACCUACUACCAACAGCAGCAGCAGCACCAGCAGCAGCAGCAGCAGCUGGUGGCAGGCGGCGCCUCGCCCAUGUUGGAUCAGCAGCGACGCACGCUGGAGCGCAGCGUACGGAGCCUGCAGCAGCAACAACAGCAGCAGCAGCAGCAGCAGCAACAUCCGAGCUAUGGCCUGGAUGAUGGACAAGCCACGCCCACGCGCAUACCCUCGCUGCGUCGGCAGCGACGCGCCUCUGGCAGCCAGCCCCACAGCAGCCACACAAAUCUCAAUAAUCAUCACAGCAGCAGCAACAACAACAACAACAAUAACAAUAACAUCAGCAGCCACAACAACAACAACAACAAUAGUAACAACAACAACAACAACAACAAUGUGCCGCACCACCUGCUGCACCACCACGCCACGCACCACCAUCCCCACAAUGUUGGCAUACCCCACGUGCCGGGCAGUCCGCGCGUCCAGCGUUCGCCGAUGCCGGCGCGGGCUUUGAUCAAGCGAACGCGCCUGGGCAGCCACACGGACAACAUCUCGUCGGGCAGUCUCAACAGUAUUGAGGUCUAGACCUAAGCCACGCCUCACGCCCCACGGCCCCACACCAAACACCCAAUCAGCCCUCGCUCUAAGUACAUCUAUCGUAAUUCGAAUAAAAUACUUCCUUUAUUAUUAUUAUUAUUAUUUUUUUUUUACUUAUUUAUUUAGAGUUUAGUCUUAAGACCUUAGUUGUAUUUAGUUCUUCGUUCAUACAGAUAUAUGUAUGUAUAUCUAGAUUUCUGUAUAUCUGGUGUUAUUUAUUUAUUUAGUUGAUUAACGCAACGACAAUUCGCACACAUUUAUGCCUAACUAUAUUAGUGAGUAGUGCCCUAAGACCACGCCCCCAUUCGACUAGCGGAAGUCAUAGAACCUAGUUAAGAUCUUAGAUAUAUAAGUCGUUCAACUAUUAACUUUAGCUCGCUGCUUAAUUUUAAAUCAUUACAUUUACUUCAUCUACAAGAAUUUGACUUUUUUCAUCGAUAUCCAUAUACAUAUUGAUAUAUCCUUACAAGUAUACAGUUAGUUUAAGUGCUACCAAUUUCCGCACACACAAAAAUCUCCUAAGCUAUUCGAUAAACACAAUAAAAACAAAAUAUAAAAAGUAAACUGAA